GCGGCGGGCAGCGUCCCAGGUCGGCGGUCCCGCGGCUCGCAGCCGGCGCGGCGGGGGCUGCCCAUGGGCCGGGCCCGGGGUCCGGGCGCGCCGGGAGCCGAGAUCAUCCUAAUUGGUGAAUUCCUGCUUCCCUGCCACCGAUCUCACCCAGGGCCAGGAGCACAGCCUCUUGGAAUCAGGCAGGCAUGCCCCAGACCCUAAGCGCCUCCGACAUGGUGACCCCGGGCAGCCUCAGCCCUCCCCCGAUGGAGCCCACAGAUGGCGCGCAGGCUGGACAGCCCCUCCUGGACGGAGCUCCGUCCUCAGCCUCCCUGGACAUGCUGAUCCAGCACCUGGUGCCCACGGCCGACUACUACCCCGAGAAAGCCUACAUCUUCACCUUCCUGCUGAGCUCCCGCCUGUUCAUUGAGCCCCGGGAGCUCCUGGCCCGGGUCUGCCACCUGUGUGUUGAGCAGCAGCAGCUGGACAAGCCAGUGCUGGACAAGGCCCAGGUCAGGAAGUUUGGUCCCAAACUGCUCCAGCUGUUGGCCGAAUGGACAGAGACAUUUCCAAGGGACUUCCAGGAGGAGUCAACUAUCGGGCACCUGAAGGACGUGGUGGGCCGCAUCGCCCCCUGUGAUGAGGCAUACCGAAAAAGGAUGCAUCAGCUCCUGCAGGCUCUGCACCAGAAGCUGGCGGCUCUGGGCCAGGGCCCAGAGGGCCUGCUGGGCGCUGACAAGCCCAUCUCCUAUAGGACCAAGCCACCCACCUCCAUCCACAGGGAACUCCUUGGUGUCUGCAGUGACCCCUACACUCUGGCCCAGCAGCUGACCCAUGUGGAGCUGGAGCAGCUGCGACACAUCGGGCCUGAGGAGUUUGUCCAGGCUUUUGUGAACAAGGACCCUCUGGCCAGCACAAAGCCUUGUUUCAGUGACAAGACUAACAACCUGGAGGCUUACGUGAAAUGGUUCAACAGACUGUGCUUCCUCGUGGCGACGGAGAUCUGCAUGCCAGCCAAGAAGAAGCAGAGGGCACAGGUGAUCGAGUUCUUCAUUGACGUGGCCCGUGAGUGCUUCAACAUUGGCAACUUCAACUCUCUGAUGGCCAUCAUCUCUGGCAUGAACAUGAGCCCCGUCUCCAGGCUGAAGAAAACCUGGGCCAGGGUGAAGACGGCCAAGUUUUUCAUCCUCGAGCACCAGAUGGACCCAACAGGGAAUUUCUGCAACUACAGAACGGCCCUACGCGGGGCGGCCCACCGCUCCCUGACCGCCCACAGCAGCCGGGAGAAGAUUGUCAUUCCCUUCUUCAGCCUGCUCAUCAAAGACAUCUACUUCCUGAAUGAGGGCUGUGCCAACCGCCUCCCCAACGGACACGUCAACUUUGAGAAAUUUCUGGAGCUGUCCAAGCAGGUUGGAGAGUUCAUCACAUGGAAACAAGUGGAGUGUCCCUUCGAACGAGACCCCAGCAUCACCCACUACCUGCACACUGCCCCCAUCUUCAGCGAGGAUGGUCUCUAUUUGGCUUCUUAUGAAAGUGAGAGCCCAGAGAACCAAACAGAAAAAGAGAGGUGGAAAUCUCUAAGGUCCUCUAUUUUGGGGAAGACGUGAAGCACUGAGCAGGAGGAGGAGAAGAAACGAAAGUGAGCAGAAGCCUCUGCAGCCCUGCCCCAGCCGGCCCAGCGGACGGCGGGGGCCUCGCUGCUCUGCAGACCUUGCCCCUGUGGCCUGGCACCCGCCCCCGUGACUACGAGGCACAGGACAACUUUCUCCACCUUUUGUGGAACCUCAGCCCUGGCAGGGUCCAGGGCUUCUAGACAUGUGGGCAGGACAUGUCUUGCCUUCAGGACUGUGGGAGCCACGUUGCUAGUCAGUCUGUCCAUCCUUGUCAAGGACGCAGCACUGCUCCAGAAGGUCAGGUGGCUGCGGUCUCACUCAGAGGCUGACACCCAGUCUGUCGCCAGGUGGCCUGGAAGCCUCCAUGUGGCUAGCAGGCUUCGCGGUGACAUGAGGGGCCAGCACCCACCAGUGGCCCCUGCCCUUCUGCCAACGGACCCUUCCCUGCCCCUUGGGAUGGGCUGGUCUCUGCAGCCCCAUUCGCCCCCUUUCUGGAUCCUGCUGGUAUCAGGGAAUAGCUUUUGGAUGUCAGCUGUGACACCAGUCACAGGACAAAUUUGCCAUGGAGAUGACAACAUGUACAGUACAUUGAAAGCUUUAGAGUUGUAUAAACAUACUUGUAGACCCUGCAGAUCACAUCCACACCGUGUCUCUCAUCCAUGGGCCCGCAAUGAACUUCUGCCAGGAUGCAGGGCAAUUUCCCAGCUCAGGCUGGGGAAUGCUGUGGCCAUGGGUCAGGAGGGAGACAUGGGGGUCAUGUCUACUCCAUGGACCCCAUGCCAUAUGGACAGGGCCUGGUGAGUGGAUAGCCCUGCGUGUGGCCAGUUGCCCCUCUAAUUGGAGAGUGGGAUUGAUGAAGCUCACGAGGCAUCUGGAGCCCAUCAUGAGGCUCCUCCCAUGGUGUUCACAGCCUGAGCCACAUGCAGUCCCUAGGCUGUACCCAGGACUCAUGGCCUUCCCUGCAGAGGCCCCUUUGCCCUCGGUUCCUGUGGCCGGGUCAGAUGGCCCACGGCCCCCGAUGGGCAGGGCCUACACCUGCUAUGCAGGUGUCAGCACCACAGGUGGUACCCAAGACGGAUGCCCGUGAGCCCAGCACGGUGCCAGGUGACGUGGCCCCCAGACACGAGACACAGGAUUUGAAGCUGCUCAGCUCAGCGCCGUGCAGGUGUCUGGGCCUCAGGGCCCUGGGGUGGCCAGGGAGCCGGGGAGAGGGCAUGGCUGUGCUGUAUCCUGGCACCUUUUCUCUGAGCCCUGCAGAGAGGAAACAGUGGUGUGGAGGGCAGGAAGACUUGAUGGGUUUGCCUCAGCGCCCCGGGGCCUGGCUGGACAUGGGUGACCUGUGGGUCCUCUGAAGCCCCUGUCCCCACUUCACCGCAUCACUGGAGACACACCGCCAUGCCCUGAAGUUUCCUGGGAAGGGCACGGACCAACCCAGUAACCCAGCCGCACCCAGGCCUCUGCAGAAGCCUGUCUCUCCCACCCAGCAGCCCUCCAGGGUAGGACCCUGGGUAACCCCAGGGCAGUUCUGCAAGGCACAGCCAAAGCUGUCCCAGGGGCACCACAGACCCCCUUUCCCUACCAAGUCAGGGACAGACAGUGGCCAGUGUGGCCCCUGGCCCUUCAGAUAGCAGGCCACCAUGCCCCCCAGGCUGCAGGUUUCAUAGGCAGGAAGUCUCACUUACAGCACUCCCCCACAAGCCCCUAACUUCUGACUGCUGCCACAUCCAUCAGUGGGCAAGGGGCGAGGAGCCAGGUGACUCAGUCGGGGUGUGCCUCAGCAGGCAGCUCCGUUUCACCCUGAAACUCAAAUUCUUCUGUCAUGAGUGCCAAGUCGCUGGCCUGCCACUUUACACGCAGCCUAACAAACCCCACAAGGUAGGUGCUGUCACCAUCCCUCUUGGCAGUGACAAAGGGAGGCUCAAAGAGGCAAAAGCAGUGCCAAGGACACGGGUAGGGCCUGGGCCUGUGCAGAGCUCUGCACCAGGGGCUCCAAGGUAUCAAGGAUGGUGCUGACUGGCCACUGGUCUGUCUUCAAGCACGGACACAGGACGCGCAUGCCCUCCACCCCUGCUCCCGCCGUCUCCCCUUUGGAAGGUCGCUGAGCCCCUGGUGUCCCUGGUGGCUCAGGAGUGCCCGGCCGGGUCUCAGACAUGCUCAGAACAAGACCUCCCUCUGCCUCCAGCUCCCCUUCUGCACACGCCCCUCCACAGGCCCUGCCAGCAAAGCCAAGCCUUGUCCCCAGCAGCAGAGGACAGCAGGCCUUGAUCCCGUGACGCCACCCCUUGUCUUCGGCACAUGCUGUGAGGGGCAUGUCUCACUGCCCAGCAUCUUCGGUGAAAAUGGCCCCAUUUUCACUCCCCAGGACCCAGGAGGGAGUACUGGGGCACCAGCCAGGGACAGAUCCAGGAGGGAGACCUUGAAACCCGUGCCAAGAUGCCUCCCAGCACCCCUGGGCCCCUGCCCGCAGGCUGAGUAGGGUGCCUGACACCAUCUUCCUUUGGCAUCCGACCCUGGAUCUCCAGGCAGGACCAGAGAGGUUAGAGGAGACCCAGACUAGAAGCCCCACCGCUGAUGACGGACCCCCACCAAGUGAGCAGGCGAGAGAAGAGCCCGGCAAAGAAGAAGGUGACAUUAACCUGGUGUGUUGGAGUGGAGAGAAAUGGCAAGGAAGGCCAGUUCUUGAAAGACUCCACGGGGCAGACCAAGGAGCUUAAAGUUUACCCUGAAGGCUGAGGGGGUGGGGGGCACUGAAAUUUAAGGGGCAGAUGUGAUGGUUAAUUUUAUGGGUCAACUUGGCCCGACCACAGGUGCCCGGAUGUUGGGUCAGACAUUUCCGUGUGUGACAGUGUUUCUGGGUGAGAUUCACCUUUGAGCCAGUGGACUCAGUAAAUCAGAUGGCCCUCCCCAAUGUGGGGGUCCUUGUCCAGUCAGCUGGAGGCCUGACUGGAAGAGAAGAUGGUAGAAGUGAGAAUUUACUCUCUCUGCCUGUUUUCCAGCUGGGACAUGGUUCUUCUGUCUUCAGAUGGGAAUGUAUGUCAUUGGCUCUCCUGGGCCUCCACCUUGCACCCAGCAGAUCCAGGGACUUCUCAGCCUCCACAUUAUGUGAGCCAAUGUCUUAUAAUAAAU